AUGUCCAGUACACGCACACUAAUUCCAAUGGUGCGAAACGCAGAUUACCCGGUUUUUGACGACACUGGGCCCGGAGCUUGGGCUAAAGCCAUGGACAUCACAUUUGCAGCAAACCAAUGUUUACGCACUGCACUGGAGGUAAUAAUGCCCGGGAUCGAAAUUUUAAAGACAUAUUUCUUGAAUACUUUGCGGAACCUGAGGAACGUAAUCACGCGAUAUCGCAAAUGUGGAAACGCGACGCUAAUGGACUCGAACGAAUCUAGAGUGCAACUGAAGUUGACGUCCCAGACGCGACUAAACAAAGUCAAUUUAUAG